AUGCCCGACGGCGUCACCAACCCCAACAGCUCGGCCGCUAGCGGCUUCGCCGAGGAGAAAGGCAAAGGCAAGGCUGCCGAACGCGUGCACGACGACGCGCAGAUGGACGAGGACGACGAUGACGAGGACGAUGACGACGAAGAAGAUGAUGAUGACUUUGAGGGCGAGAACGAAGGAGAUGAUAUCGAGGAUGGCGCCGACGAGGUCGACCUGGACAACAUCGUCGAGGGUGGCCGCCGCACUCGCGGUGCCAAGAUUGACUUCGCCAAGGCCGCCGCCGAGAACCCGGCCGACGACGAGGACGACGAGGAUGACGAGGACUUUGAGCCUCCCGUCCAGGACACGGAGAUGUCUGGUUAA